AUGUCGGAUUUUCAACAUCGAGCAAUGCACCAUGACGGACUCUACUCGACGGCAGCUAUACACGCUGGCCAUCACCAUCACCAACAUCACCAUGCCAUGCAUCCUCCACAAACACAGCCGCCGAUGAUGGAUCACUGCGUGACGACUUGCCCGUAUGAGGAAAAUAUAAUACAGAAUGGCGCAGUGGCACGUAUGGUGCUCAUGUUCAUUCGGGAACUCGUCGAGCAUUCUUCUCAUCAACCACGGCAGAGUUAUGCAUGCCCCAUGACGAGGUGCCACAGGCCCUUCCCCGGGCCGCUCCAACUCAUUCAACACCUCCUAUCCUGCUCGGAGGUUUCGACCGGCGAGUUCACCUGCGACAAGUGUAACCAUUGGCACACAUUUCCCACCAGCGAUAAGGAAUGGGAACAAUGGGCGGCCGUGAAGACACAGCAAGCUUCUGGGAAUGAGCAAGGGCAGGUGCGGAGGAAGCGGAGUCUUGGUUCGAAAAUCAAGGGUUUUGCUACUCUGACCAAAAGAGAUCCGCGCAAACAAAAUCCCGCCCCGGAUAUCCAUUUCAAGACCGAGUACUCGAUGGACAGUCGGCCGAGUACCGCGGCGUCCUCAACCCCAAGCACCACAUUUACAAGCCGAUGUUCUGAGCAUCAUCUGCAUUACCAAGCCCAUGGCCACGGAAAUCCCACGGACUUUUCCACUCACCAUAAGCCACCUUUGCUACCUGCGGGUGUACCAGCAAUCGAUGGCAAUGGUUUGUUUUGGCCAGGGUUUAGUGCUGACCAACUUGGGAACAUGCCUUCAGGGGUUCCAUCUGUUACACCUUCAUCUACACUGGACACCGGUUCUUCGAAGGCGAUCUCCCAAAACACUUCUCAGACCACGCUGUUCACACCUAGCUUGAACGGAUUCCCACCUCCUGUGGCGUCUGUCCAGGUCCCAACAACUAUGGAACAGCAACCGCAGUAUAUGUUUGGUACACACGCAUCGUUCAAUGGAAUACCAUCUCCAGUAUCCGCCCAGCCACCACCCUCCGCAAUGGUGUUGGAUGAACCCGUAAACAUGAACGGGGCAGACCUAACACCAACCGAACUUCGCUCGCCGGUAUCGAAUGAAAGCUUGAACCACGGCUGGUGGGGAAACAAGCUUGGAAUCGAAACAGCCCGAGCAGUGCCUACUACCACAGGAUCGGGUACCUGCUUCCAGAUGCAGUCUUCGAUUGGUGCCAUUGAUGGAAUGAUGACUAGAGACGUCACAAGCGGUCUUACAACGCCCACCUCGCCAUGUCGACACGCAUCACCGUUCUUCCCGAUCCCGCAAUCCUCCGCCCAUCCGAUGUCACGAGCUCUCAGCCACGAAUCGAUGCAAGCAGGCAUGACGCCGGUUUACAACUCACCAGGGACAAACGCCAGCCAUGUGGAUUCCCUGUCACCGCAGACAGACCACGAUCCUCACUCUCUGUCGCUGCGAACACCCUUUGAGCCGGCACCGGAGGAUCUAGUCUGUGAUGAGUGCCAAUGGAAGCCCCGAGGCGUGAGGGAGAAUUUGAAGGGGUAUUUACGGAAGCAUAAAAACACACACAAAGGGUUGAGGUUGUCGUGUGAUGUGGUGGGUUGCACGAAGACGUUUAGUCGGUUGGAUAAUCUCAAGAAACAUAAGAAGGAUAAGCAUGGGAUCGAAGACUUGGCUACUGGGGCGACUUGUGCGCAACCACCUCCAAAGCAGAUGGUGGAGGAGUUUCAUGGGGAACAUCAUCAUGUGGAGGAUGAGACGGAGCAUAAGCGGCCGGGAACGGUGGACUCGGAGGUACGGGAUAUGUCGGGAGAUUAUUCGAUGCUUUGGCCGGCAUUGCACUUUUGAGGGUGUGACAAAUGGAAGAGAGAGAUAUUGCACAUUCUGAAUUGGACACCCGCCAUACACGCUCAUCAGCGUUUUCUUUUCUUUGAAUAUGUUUUGUUGACUUGGGCUGGAAAAUAAUGGCCUUGCCCUCCGGUGGGGUUUGGCAGGAAUGGGAAUGGGAACGGACAGCAAAACGCAUUUUCUUUUUCACUUUACAUACAUGUACUCCUGCAGAUACCCAACAGUCUUUGAUGGAUUUGGGGUGAGAUCCCCGACCGCAAAGUACUACUUACCUUACUGUUCUAUUUUCUUUGAUCUAUGGCGUCAGCCUAGUUGUCAUCGUUUGGUGGCGGAUUGACUCAUCUCAGCUCUAUGUGUUGGUUUUCUGUUUGAUACCUACAAGCCAAACAAGUAAGUGGCUUUGGAUUUAUCAAAAUAUAAUAGAAUAUAUGUUCUCUGAAAGGCAUAAAUCGAUGCUUGUUCA